AUGCGGCGGCAAGGAAAUCAUCGGAAAGUGAACUUUACCGGUCGGAACCGACCGAGGCACAAUAAUCUGGGCUAUCAACGUUUAAUACGGAUCAAUGAUAACAAAUCAUUAUGGAUUUUUUGUUUUCAACUAAAAAUAAAAUUUGAACGUCCAAUGACAUAUUUGCUUAUGGAUAGUGAAUUUGGUAUUUGGGAAGUGUACACAUCCUUCAAUCAUGAUGAUAAAAAAAGAACGUUUUAUUGCCGAUCCAACACAAAAUAUGAUGACAUUUUGCAAACAAUUUCUAACACUAAUCUCAGCGAUUUUGAUAUUGAUACACGCAAGCAUAAACAACAAUUAUUUAGUUUAUUGAAAUAUGACGAUAUUAAAAUUAUUUAUCAACCGCAAACUGAGAAAGAUUAUAUGAAAUUGGAUAAAUCUGGUAAUGAUUUAAGUUAUGGCUCAGGGAUUUAUCGACAUCAAUUACAUUUGGAAGAUUAUGAUGCUGUUCUUUUGAAAGUCACCGGGGUGCCUUAUUGUAAAAUUCCUAAUUUGCACUAUACAGCACUAUACAAGGAAAUUUAUACCAUCCAAUCUUCCACAUCAUACGAUUCCUCGCCUGAAUCACUAGACCGUAAGUCAUUAUUUAUUCCACUCACUCAACCUCGUACAUCUUCAUCGAUGAGUGUUGCAGGGAAAUCAUCGUCGGAAGCAAGGGAGGCUGAGGCAGCAUCGAAAUUUUCGAUUGAAGGAAAUAAAUCUGCAUCAGAAUUAGGAUCUAGUGAAUCCAGCAAUACAGAAGAUGUUGAGAUAAAAUCGCAUGAUCCAAUGAAUAUUUCCGUUGAUUCAUUGGACUUGUUAAUUAGGAGAUAUAAACCGAACAAGGUACCAAUAUUCAAAUUCGGUGCUGGCACAAAUUUAACCACGGAGUCUAUAAAAGAAAUUGAUGCAUCUGCAACAUUGCAUGGAACUAAAUAUUCUACCCAAUUCAACAAAUCCGAUCGGAUUCCUGGAAGCGGAAUUGCAUUGGAAUCCGACUGGAAAAAUUUAGUCGGUUAUUGCAAAUUUUAUGAGCGAUCGUUUUAG